CGUGAGUCGUCGUCACAUGCUGCGGCACAACAACAACAAUAAUAAGGAAGUUUGAGAGAUGACCUGACAAGUUGCUUAGUCGCCUUUAAGGGUUUUUUAAAAAGAUGACGUUUUUGGCCCGGGUCGUGUCUUUACUCUGUUUCUUCUUCUCUUGUGGAGAAAACGAGCCCAUUCAAACAUUUGUGAUCCCUCACAGUCACAUGGAUGUUGGCUGGGUGUACACUAUCCAGGAGAGCAUGCACGCCUAUGCUGCUAAUGUUUACACCACAGUGACUGAGGAGCUGUCAAAGGCUCCAGAGCGCAGGUUCAUCGCUGUGGAGCAGGAGUUCUUUCGACUUUGGUGGGACACUGUGGCCACAGAGUCCCAUAAGAAACAAGUGCGACAGCUUGUCAGAGAGGGUCGACUUGAGUUCAUCAUCGGGGGACAAGUGAUGCAUGACGAGGCUGUAACUGACCUAAACGAUGAGAUACUACAGAUGACAGAGGGACACGGUUUCCUGUAUGAAACAUUCGGGGUGCGUCCUCAGUUUUCCUGGCACGUGGAUCCAUUCGGAGCUUCAGCCACCACCCCGGUCCUCUUCGCCCUGGCUGGGUUCAACGCCCACCUCAUCUCCCGCAUUGACUAUGACCUCAAAGACUCGAUGCAGAAAAGCAAGAAUCUACAGUUUGUUUGGAGAGGCUCUCCCUCUCUUAAAGAGAAGCAGCAGAUCUUCACUCACACUAUGGACCAGUUUAGCUAUUGCACCCCAUCACACCUGCCGUUCUCCAACAGCUCUGGUUUCUACUGGAAUGGGGUCGCCUUGUUUCCUGAUCCUCCUAAAAACGGAGCGUACCCCAACAUGAGCCUGCCUGUAACCAAGGACACCGUACACGCCUACGCCAAGACCAUGGUGGAGAACAUCAAAGAGAGAGCGGCGUGGUUCAGGACCAAGCAUGUGCUCUGGCCUUGGGGCUGUGACAAGCAGUUCUACAACUCAUCCGUCCAGUUCAACAACAUGGACCCUCUAAUGAAAUAUAUCAACCAGAACAGUAAAGAGUUAGGUGUGACGGUGCAGUAUGCCACUCUGAGUGAGUACUUCAAAGCCAUCUACCAAUCAAAUCAGGUCUGGGACCUCCGUGGGAGUGAAGAUUUUCUACCGUAUUCCACUGAGCCGUACCAGGCAUGGACAGGGUUUUACGCCUCCAGAAACAUCCUAAAAGGAGUGGCAAGACAGGCCAGUUCCCAGCUUCACGCAGCAGAGACUCUCUUCACCCGGUACAGAAUCAGCUUCCCUGAUGGACCUGUGGCUAAAGACUGGGCCCUAGACAAACUUAGAGCACUUCGCUGGGCUGUCUCAGAGGUCCAGCACCAUGAUGGCAUCACUGGCACCGAGUCUCCCAAAGUGGAAAACAUGUACCUGCAGCAUCUCAUGCAGGCCAUGAUGGGGGUCGAGGAGCUUCUAGCUGCACUCUUCCUGCUGCCUCACAACCUCAACUCACCCAGCAUCCUUGGCAGCCGUAACCACAAAAAAGGUGGUCAUCAGACGUUGGAGCAACACGUCAUCGUUUACAACCCGUUAGCGUGGAACAUCACCACUAUUAUCAACGUCAAUGCAACUUUCCCCUCAGCUGCUGUCUUUGAUG